AGUGAAUAUUUCGGUUUUGAAGUUUGCUACGUGAAAAGUUCAGGAACACUAACGCUUUAAGAUGGUUUGUUUGAUAUUUUUAUCCUUUAAUUUUAAGAUAUAUUUAUAUUUUAAUGAUUUAACUAUCAAUUUCCUUAAAAUUACUGAAAAAUAGUCGGAAGUUGAGGACCAAUUGAAGAAGAUGAUGGCCCAUAAAGGAGUCGUUGGUGUAAUGAUUGUUAAUAGUGACGGGGUUCCAAUAAGAACAACUCUAGAUAACUCUACAACUGUACAACACGCAGCUCUUAUCCAACAACUCGUUACUAAGGCUAAAUCCGUUAUCAGAGAUUUAGAUCCUUCCAACGAAUUAUCCUGCUUAAGGGUUCGGUCAAGAAAGAACGAAAUUAUAAUAACUCCUGGUAAAUUACAAUCUAAAUUACCUUUUCUAAAACAAUCUAUUAAUCGGUUCUUCAUCUUUUAACAAACAGAAAAGGAUUACGUCCUAAUUGUUGUACAAAAUGCCACGACCGAAACAUAAAAAACUUUAUAAAUUUCUUAUUGUAUUGUUUAUCACUUAAAACAGCAAACAAAGAAAGAAAUUAAGAGGGGAUUAACAUUUAUUUCAUUUCUCUUAGUCUUUUAAUAUACAAAUAUGAAUAUAUUUUUUGAAUAUAUUUAAAAAAAACAUAGUUUAAAAUCAAUUUUUUCAUUCUUUUAUAAAUAUAAAAUUUUUUAUGAAGAAAAAAUCAAUUAUAAAUUUUAUAUAAAUAUUUGAAUUUAUAUAAAAAAGAAAGAUUUUUUUUCAUUCAGUUUAGUUUAGGUUUUAAUAAGGAUGACUUUUAAAAUGCACUUUUAAACUAAAAUUUUUAUCGGCAUCAAAUAGAGGGCGUUGGUUGUUUCCUUUAAUACAGGCCUACACUUCAUGUUUGGAAAUAGUAUACGCUCGUAUAUUAUCGCUCAACAUGUGGGCAUGUAAUAUAUGCGAUGGGACAGAAUUUGAAGAAAUUGAUGGGCUCUUUUUCUGUUUAGAGUGCCAAACGCAAUCUCAACAGGUUGUAACUGAGAGUGACGUAUACAAUAUAUCAAAAGUUGGUAAAAGAAGUAUUCGGAUCAAAGAAGACAAGCCAAAAAAGCCUGAUAAAAAAAGUGUAACCGGUAAGAAAAAAGUUGGAACGCGCCCUUGGCGAAGCUAUGAAGCGUUAACAGUACUUUUAAAGAAACAGUUAGAAGAAUGGAAAAAACUGGGAGUAGAUGAUAUUACAACCAGCGUAGUUUUGAGAUUGUGGGCCAAAUGUUUGGGAAAAUUGCACACAGCUUUUACAAAGGAUAUAGAGCUACCUUUUCGCUUUAGAGAUCGAUAUCCAAAUCUUUCGAGAUCUGAAGCAUCCAUUCUAUUCAGGCAAUUUCGCUUGCGAACAAAUUCACAAAAGCAGAAAAUAAGAAGAUACUUAAAUAAUAAGAAAGAACUUCUUCAAGAAAAGUCUGGCAACAAGGAAGAAACUAGAAAUUUCUACGAGAGUCUUUUGCUGAUUUCUGCUAUAAACGCUCAAGCCAUUAGAUUAGUUCAUCCAACAAUUACUAUAGGUGAAUUAUACUCCCACUUAAAAUCCGACAAGAUUCCUUUAACUACAGCGACAAAUUACCUACCUGAAUGGAUGAAGAUAGAUUCCGAUGAUCGGGCAAUAUUUAAAGUUGGAUAUUUUUCACUAAGAACAUUUAAGCAAUCUCUUUCAAAACUCGCCUCAAUUAUGAACGAAGAAUUACUUUCAAUUAAUCGAAAUCAACUACAAGGUUUAAUUACUCGUUAUAUUUUCAUACUCAAUUUACCUACGGAAAUGAUUCGUCUAGUACGAAUAUACUAUACUGUUCAUGAGAAAAAAGUAAUACAUUCAAAAAGCACCAUUCCUGAGUAUUGGAUUCUGUCGAUUAUAAUUAAAGUUUUGGCGUUUUUAUUUCGUAUAGACGGAACACAAGAAAAGAAGCUCUCAGAAAUAGGAGUUUUACUUUCCUCAAAAUCACACGUAAAGUGUUUUUGUUAUGAUGAAUGGAAAAGAUGGCUAACAAAAGAAUCCUUAAAAUACAAUAAAGACGUUAUACAUUGUGGAGAAGAAUUUAGGAAGUGGAAAAGCAACGAUGGAGAUAGUGCUGAUAGCAGAAGAAUGUGGAGCAAUGAUUAUACUUAUAGUUUGGCAAGACCAUUAAAAAGAUUACGACGAUCCAUAGAAAAAACAUAUGAUAUUAAACAGCAAAACAUAACAUUUACAAAAACGACUGUUGAUUAUUUAUUACAAGAAUAUUCGACUAUUGAAACAAGAAUUAAUGAAUUAUCUAUUCAAGAUACUAUCAAAGAAGAAAUACUAACUAAUUUAAAAAGUAUGUAUAACUAUAAAAGGAUACCAAGUAGUCAGAAAAAAAUUAAUUUUGUUAAAGAUAUUCUGUUUCAACUCUGCAAAGAAACAUGUACAAUAACGUAUCAAGAAAUUUAUGUUGAUAAAGUAUUCGAUUUAGUUUGCCAAGAGAGAUAUACUAAUUUGCAAGCAAGUUUGUCUGUUAUCUAAUGAAAUUGAAAAUAACUUUAUUAUAAAUCUGCAGAGACAAGCUUUUUCUAUAUAUUUUAUAUUUUAUUUAAUGAAUUCUUAAAGAAAAAUACUUUUUUAGGCUUUUU